AUCACACAAUCAAACCCCUCUCCCUCCCUGAAAAGAAAAAAAGAAAAUCAAUGGCACCAAAGGCCGCAGAGAAGAAACCCGCCGAGAAGAAGCCAGCGGAAGAGAAAGCACCGGCGGAGAAGAAGCCAAAGGCCGGCAAGAAACUGCCCAAGGAAGGCGGAGCCGAUAAGAAGAAGAAGAGAACGAAGAAGAGCGUAGAGACGUACAAGAUCUACAUCUUCAAGGUGUUGAAACAGGUGCAUCCUGACAUCGGGAUCUCUAGCAAGGCGAUGGGAAUCAUGAACAGUUUCAUCAAUGAUAUAUUUGAGAAACUUGCUCAGGAGAGUUCCAGGCUUGCUAGGUACAACAAGAAGCCCACCAUCACCUCACGUGAGAUUCAGACUGCCGUACGCCUUGUUCUUCCCGGUGAGUUGGCCAAACAUGCCGUUUCCGAAGGCACAAAGGCUGUCACCAAAUUUACCAGCUCUUAAAUAUUACUUGUUAUCAGUUACAGUUACUCUCUAAAUCUGCUUGUUGAGUACAAAUUUAAUGAAAUAUGUUUGUUAGCAUGCAAUGAUUGUUGAUCUCCAUCUUUAACA